AUGUCUAAAAUUUGUUUGUUCAAAUUCUCAUCCUAUUCGACAUAUUUAGUCUAUUUAUAUAUAUAUAUNGAUAGUCUUAAUAAGUAUUAAGAAGCAAUUGAAUGUUACGACUAAGCAAUUUCUAUUAAUCCUAAAUAUUAUAAAGCAUGGAAUAAUAAAGGUAAUGAAUUUUAAUAUAUUGAAUUUAGGCUACGCGUUACAUGGUUUACAGAAAUGCUCAGAAGCUAUUGAAUGUUUCGACUAAGCUAUUAUGUUAAAACCUAAAUUUAAGACGGCAUUGAAAAACAAAGGUAAUAAAAUUCAAAUGUAUUAUUAAUAGGUUCAGCAUUAAGUAGUUUAGAGUAAUACUAAAAAGCUAUUGAAUGCUUCGACAAAGCUAUUUCCAUUGAUCCUAAAUUUGAGAUAGCUUAUAGUGAUAAAGGUAAAUUUUUUAUCAUAAGUUAGGUCUGGCACUACAUAAGUUAAAGUAAUAUAAAGAUGCAAUUUUAAGUUUUGAUUAAGCCUUGUCCAUUGGUAUAAAUCUUCUGAGUUUAAUACGAAAAGGUACAUUAUCCUAAAUUAAUAGUUUUAUUUAGCUGA